CAUGGACUGAUUUGAUUCCUGACCGACCCCAGAGAGAGCGAUCAGUUAGCGAUCAGUUUGGAUUUUGAACAUCGUCUUUUUCAUCUCAGCUGCUUCUGUUGUCUCACCCUAUCACCUAUUUAUGUUCUAUGGUCCCCAUAUUUCAUCACAACACAGCCCUAUAGUUGUGGAGGAGAGGAGAAAUUGUUUGUUGCUUGGAGGAAGACGACUGUGCUGUGCUGAGCUGUGAAGCAGUGAUGUUUGAUUCAUGGUGACAACAUUGUGCCCGGGAAUGUGUUAAACACAUUCUUAUGGUCAUCAUUUUCAGAGGAGUGGAGGAACUCAUGCAUAAACAAAAGGCGUCGGCUUUUAGAAAAUGUUUGGGUUUAUGAACAAACGCAUCCAGGACUGGCUGGCGGACCGAAGAUGCCGCAGGACCAGAUUAGUGACCAAAGAUGGUCGCUGCAACAUUGAAUAUGGAAACAUCCAUUACAGCAAUCACUUUGCCUUUCUGGCUGACUUCUGGACCACGUUUGUGGAGAUCCGGUGGCGUUUUGUCCUCUUACUCUUCAUCGCCUCUUUCACCCUCAGCUGGUUCAUUUUUGGCCUGCUGUGGUACUGGAUUGCCCGCAGUAAUGGAGACCUGACGUGGCAAAAUCAAGAAUUAGACCACACUCCAUGUGUUGAUAAUGUUGAUGGACUGACCACGGCGUUUCUCUACUCUCUUGAAACCCAGACAACUAUUGGAUAUGGUGGCCGAGCGCUCACCCCUUUCUGUCCAGGUGCUGUGGCUCUUCUCAUUAUUCAGUCCCUUCUCGGAGCCAUUAUCAACUGCUUCAUGUGUGGAGUCAUCCUGUCCAAAAUCUCUUUACCCAAAAAGAGGGCUAAGACCAUCACAUUUAGUGACAUGGCUGUCAUCAGCCCCAAAAAUGGCUCUCUUUGCCUGUCAAUCAGGGUGGCAAACUUACGCAAGACCCUGAUGAUUGGAAGCCAGAUCUAUGGCAAGCUGCUGAGGACAACAGUAACACCAGAUGGGGAGACAAUCAUCAUGGACCAAGUAAACAUUGACUUUAUGAUGGAUGCUGGGAAAGACAACCUCUUCUUCAUAUGUCCUCUCACACUCUACCAUGUCAUCGACAAGAGCAGUCCCUUCUUUGAGAUGGCAGUGGACACGCUACAUAAACAAGAGUUUGAGCUGGUGGUCUUCCUAGAUGGCACAGCAGAGUCCACCAGCUCUACCUGCCAAGUCCGGACCUCUUUUAUUCCUCAAGAGGUCAUGUGGGGCUAUAACUUCUUGCCCAUCAUUUCCAGAAGCAAGGAGGGCAAGUACAGAGUAGAUUUCUCCAACUUCUCCAAGGCGGUGCCAGUAGCCACUGCACAUUGUGCCUACUGUUUCCACAACAUCAAGGGUCAUCACCACCAUUCCAGAGAUGGACAUGAUAACCAGGGCUUUGAGGUGAUCGAUAUCAAUGAUCCCCCAAAUGUCACCAAAAUGUGAGAGGAUGGAUACAGUGCAGUGUACAGUGAAACUGAGACUGAUGGAGGCUUGUACCUCUCACUGAUAAACACCUCAAGACUCUAAAGAACAAACAGGUGCUGGAGGCAGGUGGAGUCACCUAAUGGCAGACAACACAUUGUGUAGCAUUUAAAUAUGAAGUAAAGUAAACCUACUUAUUUGCUAUUCUAUUGUGUUCAACACAGAUAAGAAAGCCACCUGUGGGUCAGGACAGUUAUUGUGAACCAUUUGUAUGCAAAACCACACCUGUCACUGUCUGCUGAUCAAAAACCUGUUUUUCAAAAGGGAGGCCAGGUCACGUAAGAUGGUGAAGCUGCAAUUCAAGAACAGAAAAACAAACUUCUCCCAAUUACUCACACAUGGACUAUACAUAUACGCUCUUUCUUUAAAUGAAGAUGGAGUGAGUCUAAUUGGCGUUGCAAAUUUGGGUUUACCAAGUAUCCACAGGCAGGCAACCAGGCAUAUGUUUUAUAAUGUGUGUAAAUCUUACAAUUACUUGAGGGACCAGUGUUGGGGGGUCAUGCUAUUGUCAUGGGUGAGAAAAAGCUAAAGUGGUUGUUAUUAUUAAUUCAUGCUACUGUAGGCUUAGAGACACUUGGACUUGAACCAUUAGAGUUCUGCUAUUAAUGCACUAGCAAAGGGUUGGGCUCAGGGGUCACUCUUUUUAAAAAGUGGGUGAUGUAGUUGUUUUUUUCCUUCUUGAGUGAAGACACUGUGAGAGAAAAAGCUCUCAUGAAACACUUAAAAUAUGGUUGCAUACAGCUCUGACAUAGUAGGAAAAUCAGUUCUGUUUGUUAAGUUAUUUUUUUUGUAUUUGAUCUCAGGGGGAAAAUACACUGAAAUAAAGGCUAUUUUUGCAUUAAAAAAAAAA